AUGAAGGAUGCAAACCCCCCUGGCUCGGCGGCCCACGGCCCCCCUGCCCCCAGCCUCCCCAGCGUAGAGCCUCGGCGCCCCCCUCCGGCUGUGCUCUGCGCCGGCGCCCACUGCCCGUCCGUCCAGGCUGAACAUGGAGCUGAGCUCUCCUGCUGUGGGCUGACCUCUGGCCUUGCCCUCCAGGAGGGAUUGCUCUCCCUGGAGACCUGGAACUGCCACCCAUGCCUCUUCCCCAGGACCUGGGACCUGCAGAGCUGCAGGGGAAUGUGGGAGUGCCCUGUAGCCUUGCAGGCUGAGCUGGCGAUGCUGAAGGUCCUGGGGACCACGGCUGACUCAUCCCUGGGUGACAUCCUGGACCAGCCCCUUUGCACACUGUGCCGUAUCUCCUUGGGGCUCCAGGCCUCUGUGAUCCCUGCUCAGCCCACAGGAGGCCCCCAACCUCGGGGCUGCCUCCCCCACUGGCCGCACCAGCUCCGGGAGGCCCUGAAAAAGAUGAGUGAGCCUUGCCUUGAAGCCUCUGUCAGGUUCAACCUUUUCUGCCUCCUCAACUGGGACCUGAAAUGUGUCACCAGUGGAGACCUGUGUGUCUGA